AUGUCGGAAGUAGCUCAAGCCUAUGAACAAGCUUUUGAUAGGUAUGAUUUCGAAGAUGAUAGUUUUGGUAAUGAAAUACCCAACAAAGAACAACUUCAAUGCGAUUAUUUAGAAGAACAACCAACGGAUCAACAUCUUUAUGGUAUUGUUAAGGUGAUGAAACCUAAGUUCGACAAAUAUUUUGGUGAUAUUGAAAAUAUGAAUUUGUUGGUAUAUUUUUCCUUCAUACUUGAUCCAAGAAACAAGGAAGAAUUUUUGGAAAUUAUUUUGGAUGAUCAUUAUGGGCUUGAUGUAAAACUAGUUGUUGAAUUAAAGAAAAUGCACAUAAAGAAUGAAUUAAAAGCUUUGUAUGAAGAUUAUGUGAGAAUUCAUGCCCCACCAUCUACUACUUCUUCAACUUCAACAUCAAGAAAACGGCCAAACCCCAAUAAUCCUACAUCUACCACAACAAAUUCCGAUCAUGGAGAUAGAUUGAGAAAUAGGAUGAAAACGAGCCAAACAUCAUCAUUAUCAAUUAGUGAAUUGGAUAAGUAUUUGGGUGAAAGUCUUGAAGAUUUUGAUACAAAUGGUAGUUUUGAGAUAUUACUUUGGUGGAAGGUAAAUAGCCCGAGAUUUCCAAUUUUAUCUCUUAUGGCUAAAGAUUCGUUAGCUAUUCCCAUCUCAACCGUGGCUUCGGAGUCGGUAUUUAGCACGAGCGGAAGGGUGUUGGAUUCAUAUAGGAGUUCUUUAGGCGAAAAAACUAUCGAAAGCCUAAUUUGUACACAAGAUUGGCUUCGUAAAAGUAUUAACACGGAAAAAGAUGAAGUUUGGGAAACAAUAAUUCUCCUGGAGAAAGCUUUGCUUGAACAAGAAGGUGCAAACUUAUAAUUUUGAACGUAACAGAUGAAAGAAAGGAAGCUUGUUUUGCCAAUUCAAUUAUUUUGGAUAUAAACACUUGAUUUCAAACUCAUUUGGUUUUUUUGCUAAUAUGUUAAACUAUUGCUCGUGAC